UUGUAAAAUUACUCAGACUCACACAAUUACUCAAAACUCUCCAUGGAUGCCUCCAAGUCUCAUGUGACAUAUGGCUACAAAGAGACUAAGAGUGUGAUGUGAUUCUCACCUUUAAUUUUCAAUGCAAUUUCAUUUCCUUUGCCAUUUUGAUUUCCUUUUACUUUUUGUUCCUCUUUUUCCUUUCGAUCCUCUACUCUUUUUUCCUUUUUGUUCAUAUCGUUCUUCACAAAAACCCAGCCUUGACAUUUAAAACGUCUUCACUAAAGAACCCAGAAAGGACUCCGAAUCCGGUCCUUAAAUUGCUUUUGGAUUCUAUUUGUUUACCAAAAAUCAGUGUAAACAAAUUGGCACACCUGGUGGGACCAUUUUAGUGAAAACUAAGUUUUUAAGUGUCAUUUAUGGUCCAGUUCUGAAUUCCAGUUAUUGACGUCAUCUCGUUGAUUUGAUAUAUUGGUCUAAAUUGACCAUUUGAUUUCAAGAAUUGGUUUUUAGAAUUUAAAAACCAAUAUCAAGAAGGCCAACGUAUUGUGCUACUGUGCAACGAAUUGAAUUCUAUUUGAGUUCAAAUUGGAACUUGGCCACCAAUUAGUAUAUUGAUAUUUUUCGUUCAGGUAGUACUCAGAAUUUUGUGAAAAUGUUUAAUGGCAGAAUGACAAAUGAUGUCAUUUCUGAAAAUUCUGGGCAAGGAGCAAAUCAAAAUGGUCAAGAACAUACACAGUUCAACACAUUGGGAAUGGCUAUGCCUUUGAUUCAAAGUGGUUCAUUGAAUUUAUUUCCAUCAAAUUCAACCAUUGAUAUUGAUUUACAAUCAAUUAGGCAACAAAUUGAUGAAAGUAGGUACAAUAUGGUGAACAUGUUGACACAACAAAUAUCAACUAUGUUUAAUCCUCUCAUUCAAAAUACUCAACACUUAACUCGACAAUUGUGUCGAAUUGCUGAUGUUCUUGGAGCACCGCCUUUGAACCAAACGUUCCAGCAAGUUCCUGAUUAUGGUCAAAGUGUGCCUCUAAAUUUUACUCAACAUGAAGUUCAGAAUUUUAGUCAAAAUGAGCCUCAAAAUUUGCCUCAAGAUCAGAAUUUUGGUCCAAGCGAAGUUCUGAAUGGACAAGAAAAUUCAGUCCAAAAUCAGCAACAGAAUUUUGAUCAAAAUUUAGACAACAAUGUCUUAGUUAAUCGAAAUCAAAAUGACUAUGGGGGGCCACAAAAUGUGGCCAAUGCUGUCGAAGAAGUUCUAAAUCAUCAUGGUUUCAAUGUUGGAUAUGCCAAUCGUCCAAAUGUCACGUCUCCGUUUUCUGAAGUAGUUCUUCAAGCAGAACUUCCAAGGGGAGGAAAGGUUCCAAAAGUUACUAAAUUUUCAGGAGACACAGGUGAAUCGACUGUUGAGCAUAUUGCAAGCCACAUGAAAGGAGCUCCUCGACCAAGACAAGAAGAUGAAGGUGGUUAUUAUCCAUGUAGCAUGAAGAUGAAACUAACUUGAAGACACAAUGGAAUAAAUUGAAGAUGGCAGCUGUCAUAGAAAGCGGAACAACGUGGCAAUCAUGGAGGUGGAAGUGGUGCAAGGAGUUACCAUAAAUAUAGCUACGGGAAGUUGAUACAAGUUGCUGCAAGUUAUUUUAUGUGUAAUUAUGCCAAGUGUAUGACUCUAGUGUAGGGAGUUAUUUUCUAAGAUUUAAUCUCUACCGUAGGAUCUAGUGGCAGUUUCAUUUCUUAUUCUAUAAGUAGCAAAUCUGAUUGUAAAAUUACUCAGACUCACACAAUUACUCAAAACUCUCCAUGGAUGCCUCCAAGUCUCAUGUGACAUAUGGCUACAAAGAGACUAAGAGUGUGAUGUGAUUCUCACCUUUAAUUUUCAAUGCAAUUUCAUUUCCUUUGCCAUUUUGAUUUCCUUUUACUUUUUGUUCCUCUUUUUCCUUUCGAUCCUCUACUCUUUUUUCCUUUUUGUUCAUAUCGUUCUUCACAAAA